AUGCAGCUAAUUGUAAGCUUGAUUUCAUUUUUGCUAUAUUUACAAGUAGAAAUUGUUGGAGGGUUUCAAGAAAAUGUCACAUAUAGCUCGUUCAAUUCUUCUUCAUCAUGGCUUAAAAGAGUAGUGAAGAAUCCACGAGCCAUUGGGUGCGGGAAUAGGCCCUGGAUUUGCAAUGAAGGGGACUUUCCUCCAAGAAUAAAGAAGCGUUGUUGCAGGAAUCGCUGUAUUGAUGUCACAUCUGAUGUGAAUAACUGUGGAUUUUGUGGAAUUAGAUGCCCCUUCACAUGGCAAUGCUGCCAAGGAAUUUGCAUCGAUACUAACAUGAGCCCUUUUCAUUGUGGAAGCUGUGUGCGUAGAUGCCAGCCUCCAAGCCUUUGUUUUAAUGGAAUGUGUGGCUAUGCUCAACCAAUGCCCCCCUGGCCGUUCCCACCUCGGCCACCAUAUCCGUUCCCACCAACACCGCCUCGUCCACAAUAUCCGCCCUUUCCUCGGCCACCAUAUCGGUACCCACCAAGGACGCCUCAGCCACCAUGCUCACCCCCGCCGUUGCUUUAAACGGAGAACCUCAGUAGAACUCUCAAAAAUCAUCGCCAUUUCUUAAUUUCCUUCUUGACUUCUUUCUCCAGAGUUUGAUUCUUGCUCAAUUGUUCAUAGAAGGAGGACUGCACUGUGAUAUCUCUGUGGAGUCUUCAUCUAAAAAGUAUAA